GGGCGUCCCGGUGACGAUACCUCGUCAGUUCCUUCUGGAAUAAACAUAGUACACCCUAGUCCAACCUUGAAGAGAGUCGUGUUUGCGAGAACAGACUAAUAACAGGGGCUAACAGCAACUGGUCUCAACCAACAAAAUGGUGUCGGUAAUAUUUGCACGUGAGCCGUGCGUUUAUUGAUCAGCCGAGGAGGUUUCUCUGUGGUGAAGAAAAGCUACACCGUCAACAGCCGGGAAGUCCCCGUCUGUUAAAUCACCACACCAAUCACCUCCCUUUGAUACUGUUGCCUCUCUUUUACGUUAACUGCCAACGCCUGUUUAUCUAGUGUUAUUCAAGCAUUAGUGUCGUCUGCACGACUAGCGGCUGCAACUGCAGUGACGUAAAUUGUCUUAUACCUUCAACAAUCACCAGCGGAGGACAUUGCCAGUGAUUCCAAGCACACUGUUGCUACGUCUGAGAGAUCGAUAGAUCAAUGUGAUUGACCGGUCGGCAAGCUGAUUCGCCCACAAGAUCUGCGAAGUCACUGUUCUGGGGAAACAUGGGUGUGAUUCUAAAACUCUGAAAAAACCUACCACGUAUAUUAAUUCAACAGGUGGUAGGUGUCAUAUAGAGCCUCUAGCUGAUCAUGUCCUCGCACGACAAACAUGGUGAGAACCUUGCUCUCGAGUCCCCAGCGGCAUCCAACAAGCAACUGAUUUGUCGACGAAAGUCGGGGAUGCGCCUUGAGCUUCUUGAACCCGACGACGACGACGACAUGCUGGAGGAAGGUUCCACCGCCUCCCGGCGACCGUCGACCUGCUCCCUAUCAAGGUUCCGGUCAUGUCCCCAGCUCGCAGCAGUCGCCCAGGAUCAGGUGUCCCCCGGGAUGGACGUCGUCAGCCUUGACGACGAUGCUACAGCUACGGUGUCUCCUACCAUGCGACAACGUCUUCACAUUGAGGACAUCGACAGACGCUCAACCACACCAACCCCGCCAUCCACACCCGGAAGUAGAAGGAGCCAUUUGUCUCUGAAAGAAAGUUCUAACCGCGUUUCCGGUUUGUCGCCUACAUCAACGCCAAAGCUAUCCCGGCGUUCCAAGCGUGACUUUAAGCUCGUAGGCCGGACUUCUUCCGGAGACAGCGCGACGCAGGACCACAUGUCAUUUUCUUCCACGGGAGUACAGAUCUCACUCAGAGAUGAAAAUGUCUUGAGGUCAGACGACUUUAGCGAUAGAUUUUCCAAACCACAGUCAGACAUGUUUGAAGGUCCUCCGGAGAUAAAUGUGGAGGACAGAUUAAGCGAUGUCGAGGACAGUGAACGCCCUUCCUCCGCCCAACAUCGCUACCACCACCAUCAUUCCCAUCACGCCGUCAGCGACGACAGCCACGACAAGUGUCAACGCUGGCUUCAGAGCCUUAAGAUCACCCGGGCGGACAGAAUCAAAUCUCGAAGCCAUAUCCAACUGCCACCUAUAUGACCGUAUGGUUAGGGAGCAGGUUACCAAAUUUCAUAUCUCUUCCUAUGAUUGAAACAUGUUGGAUUUGUACUGAGAGUGAAGAGUAGAGAUGCUGUUGUGGAAGGAUUAUCUUUCAAUCUGUGAUAACUCCGAAGAUGCAGUUAUGAUACAGUUGAGAUGCAGUGAAUGUGAUUACCGUCACGGUGCCUGCAGGAUCGUAGAUGUAGUAGUACAGUUGUUGCUGUGAUGUCACAGAUGUAGCGUCAACGGGGAUUAACUCUGUACGGCAUUGAUAUAUCGGUAACAUUAUCACCAUGGAAACGGAUGAUUGUUAAAUGUGUAUAGGAGCUGUUUCUCCGAUCCUUUGUAAGGAACAGGGAUAUGUAUUCAUGCAGUAUGGUGUGGGACUCAAAGGAAACCGUCGGCCUUGGUAAAGAACAUGACCGGAAAUAUUUACAUCCAUCUUCGUGAAUCAGAGGAUAUUUAUUCAGUGGUCAGCUUUAAUAAAGAUGAAAGGAUGUGUUUUGAUUGGCUUGAUACGCCCUUCUUGCUCAAUCACAUUUAUUUGUGGCGUUGGAGUAUACUCUUGUGCGAAUGGUGUCACAGGCGUUGUGGACACGUCUAAAAUGAAAUACAUCCACCGAGUUCACCAUCUUCCCGAACGACGUCCUUGAAAUGUCUUGAAACAGUGUGGACUCUUUUCACGCAUUUCACUUCAGAGCAAAUUUAGAUGCAUUCUCCCAAACAUCACUUUCAAUGAACAACACUGUAAAACACGAAUAGUUUCACGUUUCACAUUGGAAGUUGCCGCUCUGAUGUAUGCAUUACACCCAUUUGAAUUGUCUGUUGUAAGAUUCUCCCGUAACCAUGACAAUCAGUGUCUUGUCGACAAUACUUAGUGACGCUUUGUAAAUAUUGUUAAAAUUUGUUGGAUUUGUAUAAUUUCAUGUAUUUGUUUUAGCUGAAUGGAUUGAUUUCAGAAAAAGCUCUUUUACUGGGAAGAUUGUCAGAAGCCCGUUUCACGUUUUAAUGACUAUUUCUCGGCGGCAAUAACAAUAGAUUGGUGCCCACAGAAGAAAACGUGUCAUGGGGGCCUAAUGGUUAUGUUAUGUUCCUUAGUUGUGCAAGGAUCCGCUUUAGGAUGGUUUGAACCUUCGGCACUGUGGGCUUCCCACAGUGGUAAACGUAUAUCUCGAAUAUUCAUGUGACUCGAAUAUUGUUCACGUUCAAUCCUAAAUAUCCCUUUCACGCAUUGCUGCUUGUUUGGCAAAUGAACCUAAAUUUAUAAUCUGUUAUUUUUAAUCUCCAUUUGCAAAUCAUGUUAUAGCAGCAUCGGUCUUCACACAAAGAUGUCAUGCGAUGGUAUAAAUGAGAACAUCUAAUGGCUCCAUAGUGCAUGCUCACCUUUGAUCACGCUAGGAGGUGAAUGUAGUUAUUUCCGAUCCAUGCAGAAAGCUCGUGUACUACGAAACCUAAGUAAGAAUGAUGAAGAGAAUCUGACGUGACAUAAGUCAAUUAGUAAGUCAGAGACAUUAAGAGCUAGUGCGCAGUGACCUCUUUGUGAACUGUUUUUCAUAUCCGCGCGUCAGGAUAUAUGUACUUACCUGACUUCAGAUGCAUGUAGUUAUGAUCACCCAGUGAAGACCUGGAUGAGAAUGUAUCUUCCGGAACCCAUGCUAGCCAUACAUGACGACUCACGAGAUUGUGUGGUCUCGCUCUGUGACCUGGUUGAUGCACGUCAUUUGUUGCUCAUUAUGUCAAUCACUGGAUUAUCCUGUUCAGACUCGAUUAUUUACAGACGGCCUUUAUAUUGCAGAUUGUGUCGUUAAACAACAAAAAGAUCUAUACAAAAAUAUCCGAAAACCAUAAUCCGGAAUCAGGUCGUUGUACAUGAAUAUUGAACAGCCGUGAACGCAUUUGUAUGAUUUAAUAUUUUUCCCUUAACCACCAUUUCGAAUUCGCAUCCAACUUUCUGGGUGACAUGCCUUUAAAAUGGCUUGUAAAGUAUAUAGGCCCAUAGAGUACUCCUAGCUCACGAAUAGUACAGUGUUGAAGUGAGCGAAUGUUGUUUAACGGCGCAGUCCGCAAUAUUCUGGCGGUAUAGUCGAGAAAGACAAAAUGUUGCCAUUACCAUGAACACAAUUCUUCCUCAAACAAAUAAUCAGGAUGUUGUGGCCUUAUGCUUGUAAGUGGAAACAUGUCCCCUACAUUGUCAGUUAUUUAGUGAUAUAUUCCACUGGAGGUGUACAUGUACACUGUGUACACUAGUUCACAUAAGUAUUAUCUGUUAUUGAAAGUACUGAGUCUUUGACGCAUGUUGUAAGUUAAUGCAAUAUAUUCACGUUAUGUGAAUAAAUAUGUAUGAAAACA